AGAAUAUUGACUAAUGGUUUGAAAGUAUAUUAUGUUCCCUUUUUUCAAGUCUACAGAAGCUCUACUUUUCCAACCGUGUUUCUGGCGUUCCCUAUUUUAAGAAACAUCUUCAUAAGAGAACAGAUAGAUAUUGUGCAUGGCCAUGGUUCUUUGUCAAGUUUAUGCCAUGAAGCUAUACUACAUGGGAGGACGAUGGGGAUGAAGACUGUUUUCACUGAUCAUUCGUUGUUUGGAUUUGCUGAUGUUGGAUCAAUCCUAGGAAAUAAGCUACUCAAAUUUACGUUAAGUGAUGUUGGCCAUGUCAUUUGUGUGAGCCAUACAUGCAAGGAGAACACUGUUUUAAGAGCCUCUAUUGAUCCAUUCAAUGUUUCUGUCAUUCCCAAUGCUGUGAUAUCAAAAGAUUUUCAACCAAAAAGCUCAGAUUUAAAAACAGAUAACAAAAAGCUGAAAACAGUCACAAUUGUAGUAAUAUCAAGACUAUUUCCUAAUAAAGGUGCUGAUCUUUUAACUGCAAUAAUCCCAAGAAUCUGCUUAGCAAAACCAGAAGUUCGAUUUUUAAUCGCUGGUGAUGGUCCAAAGUUUCUUGAUUUAGAGCAAAUGAGAGAAAAGUACUUUUUACAAGAAAGAGUCACGUUAAUGGGGGCGGUUAAACACGAAGAAGUUAAAGAUGUUAUGAUACAAGGUGAAAUUUAUCUCCAUCCUUCAUUGACCGAAGCAUUUGGUACUGUCAUUGUGGAGGCUGCCUCGUGUGGAUUGUUUGUUGUGACUACAAAAGUUGGUGGUAUACCUGAGGUUUUACCAAACCAUAUGACAAAUUUUGCUAACCCAGAGGAAGAUUCUUUAGUCGAUGCUACAUUGAAGGCCAUUGAUCUUAUUCAAUCAGGGAAAAUUGACACCUCAAAGUUUCAUGGCCAAGUUGCUAAAAUGUAUAGUUGGGAAAACAUUGCAAAACGUACUGAAAAUGUAUACAAUUCAUUAGACUUGAAGAAGUUGAAUCAACCACUACUAACAAGACUACGUAAGUACUACUGCUGUGGUUUCAUUGCAGGUAAACUAUUCGUUCUUUGUGUUGUUGUUGAUAUUUUCCUAUUCAUACUACUCGAGUGGUUCUACCCAGCUGAGCACAUAGACCUUGCUACGAAAUGGCCCAAAAAGAAUAAACACAAAAAGUUGAAUGGACCAGAUGACCUCGAUAUCGAUAUCGACUGAUCUAGAUUUAAAUCACGACGAACUUUAAUG